AUGCGCGUGAUCCUCCUCCUCUUCCUCGCCGGCCCCGCCUCAGCGGCGCGUGCGGUCACGGUCCCCGCUCCGCUACAGCGGCCACUCGACUGUGUGCGCUCGCUGCUCGACCGGCUGCCACGGCCGCGCGAUGGCUCCUGGCCCGCGACCGGCUCGACGCGGCCGCCACCGCGCGGGCCUGCAGACAUUGAGCGCUUUGUCGGCGAGGCGACUGAGGAGGAGGGGUGGGCGCCGGUCGUCAGCCGCGAUGGCUUUCAGGUGAGCCGUCGCAACCUGAGGGGCAGCCGGCACGUGUACGUGCGGGGGCAGGGCGUGUUUGGCGCUCCGCCGGAGGCCGUGAUCGGCCUCUUCGAGACCUCGGACGCGGCACUCAUCCGCCGCUACAAUCCGCUGUACGACUCGGGGUGGGACCUCGAGCGGUACGACUCGCGCACGAAGGCGGCGUACGCCAAGGUGAGGGCCGCUUGCCCCGGGGUGCGGCCGCGCGACACGGUCUCGCUCAUCUCGCGGCGCGACGUCGGCGGCGGGGGCGCGUGGGGCUGCGGCGGCACCGUCUUUUUCCAGGAAGCCACGACCCACCCCGCCGCGCCACCGCUGCGCGGCGUCGUGCGCGCCAAGAUACUGCGCGGGAUGUUCCUCGUGCAGCCGGUGCCGGGCUGCCCGCGCCAGACGAGGUUCACCUUUACGCAGCAGUGCGACGCCGGCGGGGUGAUCCCGUCCUGGCUGAUGAACCGGCUGAUCGUCUCGGAAUCGAUCCACUUCUUGCAACGGCUCGACCGGACCGCGCAGGGCCGGUAG